GACAAGGCAGCCAAUGAUAUUACCAGGCUAUAGUUGUACCAUGAUUAAGUGCAACUCAGAACAUAUCUUAUGCUACUAUGCAGUGGAUGAUGAAAAGUGUGAUGUGAUCCUCAACUACAGUGCAGCUGCCUCCCACAGGGAAAUAAUGUGAAGAUUAGGUUAUUUCUUCCUUCCACUUUUUUAGUCAUUUCAGAUUGCUUCUUGAGUUAUAGGGCUGCAUGCUGCCUGGGGAAUUCUGGGAGCUAAAGUCUAUGCAUCUUAAAAUUGCCAAGUUUGAAAACAGUUACUGUUUCCACAAUGCCAGAGGGAAAAUGCCUGGAAAGGAAAAUGUGGCUGGAAUCUCCCCAAGUCCCAUGACAAUCCAUUCUGAACAUAAAAGGGCUACUGGACGGCCUUAUCCUUCAGCUCCCUGGGUCUCAUCUAGUCGAUCUUCCACUUCUGUAUAGCUGAGAAGACGUCUACAGCCAUUGGAGACUACAAGUAAAGAGCGUGACCCUAGAUGACUCAUCCGACGGCUUUCCAUCUUGCCGCUGCCGGUCCGCCUCCGCGACUUGCUCGCUCUUUGCGCCACACGCAACUGGGUGAUGUCUACUGACCCGAGGCGCACCUGUUUCCUUCCCCACCCGGCUGACGUCGAGCUUCAUCUGACCGCCCUGCCUGACUGCCGGCCUCUCAGUGGUGGCGGCGGCACUGCAUAUAUAUCCCUCACUCUAUGGGUAUGGAGUAUCUCGCCGCUCCGAGCUUAAAAUACGCCAGGCGCCAAGGAAGUCCUCCUCAACCGCUUCAGCGCGCUUUUCGCCCACUCUUUGCUAGGCAAACUGGUCCCCGAGGACGCUCCUUUCCCCUCAAUGCGUGCCCCGCUCUUUCUCCUCCUCCUCCUCCCCCUGCUCCAGAGUCCAGUCUUCCAGCAUGCUUCUGGAUCAGAGCUAAAUGUGAGAAAAGAUGAGCAAAGCAUGCCCAACUUCAACACAUUCAACAUAUCUUCCACUGAUCAAUUAUCAUCAGGAAUUGAGGCUGAAGAGACUAAAGAUAAUGUGAAGGAAGUGAGAGAAUCUCAGUUCCUUGUGAAUGAUGCAGGAAGAGAGAAACCACCCAUUAAGAAUCCGGCAAAUUUAGAUGGUGGAAAAAAGAACCCUAACAAACCCAAAAGAAAAGGACAUGAGAAGAAAACUAAAAGGAAAAUUAAAACUCCAUGUGAAGGAAAAUAUAAAGGUUUUUGUGUUCAUGGUGAAUGCAGAUACAUCGAACAAUUUCUAAUACCUGUUUGCACAUGCCACCCAGAUUACUUUGGUGAACGUUGCGUGGAACAAUUUUUGAAGACAAAAAGGACCAAUAAUGAAACUAGCGUCUUAAAAAUAGAAGUUGUGGUAGCAUCAGUUUUCUUUGCGGUGGUCAGUUUUGCCAUCAUUAUAAUUAUCAUCACUGAACAGGUAAGAAAAAAAUGCACUAACUAUAAUGAAAUUGAGGAAAGGAGAAAUCUCAAAAAAGAAAAUGGAAUUCCCAGUAGUAAUGUCUAAAAAAAUGAAGCUUUCCAGAAAUCAGUGUCCCAUCUGCUAAUGCCAUGAUUGCCUCUUCCAAAGAAUAAAGAAGCUGUCGCUGAAGCACAUACUAAUUCAUGGAGGCAUCUCUGAAAAAUUCAAAUCAAGAAAUCAGAGCAAACCUGAAACUUUGUUUGCCAUCAAGCCAGAGGUGUGCUGCAAGGAGGGUGGUCCUUUCCCCUCCCCUUUCUUGGCGAUUGUCAGCAUGCAACUGCAUGUGCAGGAAUGAACAGCUUUGGUUUCACAACAGCCAGCACACCAGCCAGCACUGCUCAAUUGUGGGAGAAUACCAAAUGGCCGCUGCCCCAUAUACUUCUCUUUUUUUCUUUUUCUCUCUUUUUUUUUUUUUUGCACAUGUUACCUUUCACAGAAAUGAAAGGUAUGUGAGAAAUGAGAGAGUAUGUGAGAAAGCAUUAAUCUGAAAGGCACUUGUGAUUGUAUUCUUUGCUGUGUUCCACACACACCCAUGAAGGUGAAAGGCAGAAAUGGAGCUGCUUUGAGUAAGUCUCUCACGCUGCUUAAAGAGCUCAAUGACUCCCAACCGGGACAAACGGUACAGGGCGUGCCUUGUUUCUCCCACACCUCCAACCCUGUCAUCUGGAGGAUUCCCGCUUGCUCGAUGAAAAUGUGCCAGGCCAGAAGUGCCAGUGUUGAAUGCAGCUUUGUCUCAUUAGAAAGUACAUAAGCAAUUGGAGCGGUUUCCAAGUUGCUGCUCUGGUUUUAAAACAUGUGUUUGGGGAGAUGCAAUCAGUUUGCAAAACUACCAACCAACUGAGUUGUUUGUUGGUGGCUUUGUUUCCUGAGAUUAGUCUAAUCCUUAAGAUCUGCAACAUAGCUAUUCCAGAAUAUUCAAUUUUCCCUUUUAUGUUUUAAGGUAUGUUUUCAGCAAUAAGAAUUGUGAGAUUUGGUUAAUGUAAAGACUUUAUUUUAAACAAAUGCACUGUUAUUGUUGUUUUCUCAUGCUUGUUCCCCCUGGCUCUUAUCUACUACCAUAUCAAUAUUCUAGUAAUUUCACACGUAACCAGUAUCUGCAUGGCCAACCUGUCUUUUUCUCCCACUUAGCUCUAAGUUAAAUCCUACAUCAAUCCAGCCACCACAUGCUUUUGCUUGAGUGAACUGCAGCUGAUGAAAGCUUAUGCCCAUUAAUAACCCCUUUUCCAACUAAAAAAUUCUAUCAGACUCCAGAUUUCAUACCAAACAAAAAAAAUUAACUAACUAGUGAGAACUGCUUCUCCCCCAUCUUCUGUGGGAUGAAAGAAUUGCUGUGAGCCAAGCUUUGCUGAAAUUGAGUAUCUUCUACCAUAUAAGAGCAAAUAAUGAAACUAUGGAAAUAUAUAUUACAGAUACAAUAUUUAUUAAAUAAAACAAAGAUCAAUGUGAACAUACUACUGUACUAUCAACUUCCAUGGGAUUUUUCUAUAAAGAGUAUUAAAAAGCAAGAUAAAGCAUCUUGAAUUUAGUUUGCAAUAUUAUUAGCUUCAAUGUUUUCUCUACAGAUCUAAACCGCUUCCACAAAGAGGUAUUUUAAUUCAAGUUUUAGUUCUAUGCACAUGUUUAAGUAAACUAUGAAAUGUAAUGGGAGUUAUAUCAAAAUAAUCUACAUAGCCUUAUGUUAGCUGAUAGUAACUUGUAUGUAAGAUAAACAUGGUUUUUAGAUUUUUUUUUAAUGUAAAUAUGUAAGUAUAGAGGUUUUCUAUUAUUGUAAAUGUGUUUCUUAUUUAAUAUAUUCACACAACUCAAUGACUUAUUUAUUUUAUAAUUUUUCUACAAAUAAAAAAACUGAGUUGUAAUUUA